AUGUGUCAAGAGUUGGAUAUCGAUGCAUCAAUCAACCAAACCAAAGAUACAAUCGCAAAGAAUAUUGUAAAGACACUAAAUGAUCGAUUGGCAUUCAAAGAUAAAAUGGUGGACAAUAAUCCUUUAUGUGAUUAUAACAAGGGAACACUUGAUGAUCGAUUGGUUGAUACUUUAAAGUCACAAACCAAUACUAUUGGUUUCAUCCCAUUUGAUCACUAUCAAAUGUGGCCAGUCUACCAACCAUUGUUGGACGAGCACAAAAAAUCUAGAAUGAAAUGUCCAAUGCAUACAUACCACCAUUUGAACGGGUUGGAGCCAUCAAUCAACAUCGCUGCACCAUUUACUUCCAAUUUGACCAAUGACCUAAACAAAUGGAGAUACCAACAACUUGGUAUAUCGAAACGAGUCAAUCAGUAUCUGUCGUCAAAGUACUUUACCAACGUUCGAUUUGCAAUCGACCCAGACACGUGGGAGCGUCUUGGCAGUCCAUACUGCCCAAUCAAAGCACUCAAACAACUGACGAUCAUUGGCCACGAAGACUAUGAAAACCAAGCCAACCACAACAUGUCGAUGUUUUCAUCGGUUGAAAAGCUUGCAAUCUCUGAGAGGCUCUAUGUUUCACAGUCGUACCUCAAGACUCUACAAAGUGUCUUUUACAACACCAAAUCACUCACUCUAUCGAAAUAUUGUAUGUUUAGAGUACAGGCUUUAUCCAAAUUCAAGAAUCUUACAUCGCUCACUUUAACUCAUCCACUCGAAAACACCACUCGACAACAACUAUUGGAUAGUCUUGAGCGAGGAGGGAUUGUAAAGAUUUUACUGCCAAGUGAGUGGUGUGAUGAACCAGUCACACUUGACACUGAUCUAGCCAACACAAUCGAGGUCAGCAACAUUCAUCCACAAUUGCAAAUGCCAAACUUGCAUACCUUCCACAUCCCAACAUUCAGUUUUCCCCCAGCAUGGUACAACAUACCCUCAUUUGAUCACCCAAAUGUUAAAAAGAUAGUACAACUUCACAACGACCGCACCAUGCCAACUAGUAUCGCACAACUUCUUCCUCCAACCGUUGAAAUCCUCAAACUUUGUUCAAAACAAUCUGAGAUUGCUCAGGAUGUCAACGCCAUUAUUAAAACCAAUUAUUUCGAUGGAUUAAAUGUCAACAAAAUUAAUAUCGAUUGUCAUGUUGAAAUAUUAGACCAAACGAUAAAUAAACUCAAGAAAAAGGUGAUUGACGAACUCGACCAAGUCAUUGCCUAUCGUGCUUGGAGAUUGGAAAAUGGAAACAUGGAAGCUACCAAGGCAAACAUUGAAAAGGUUGACAAUCAAGGUUUGGAUCUCAGCGAGGAAAAGGAAAAGAGUAAAGAUGAAGGACCACCAAAACCAAUCCUAGAGUACACCCCAACCCUCACCACACCAUUUAUAGAAAUUGUUCGUGAGAGAUUUACUCAUCUUGGUGAUCCAUCAAAAUAUUCUUUGGUCAAUCUUUCAAAAGUUAUCAUUUAUGAUUAUGAUAAAGAAUCGACACCUGCUGGUUUUGAUUCUCCAACUACAACAACAACAACAACAACAAAUAAUAAUAAUAAUAAUCAAAAUAUUAAUAAUCAACAAAAUGUUGGAUCACCUUCAAUAGUCUCAGAUUCUGAUUCUGGUGAAAUGUUUUUUACUCCUCCAGUUUCAAGAAAACAGGAUUAA